AGUUUGUGCCACAUAUCCUUUUCUGAACGGUAACUUCUCGUACAAUCACAUUGCACGUACAAACCCCCUCAAGCGACGAGAGGCUCUCACUGUCUCGCUUAAUCUUUUUUUAAUAUGUUUCAUUGGAACCUUAUUUAUAAAAUGGACAGCGUCUUCCGGCGCCUCACCGAUUACUUUGGAUAUAAUUCCUUUUAGGGGAAAGUUUGUCAGUCCUCCUCGCUAAUAAGCAGGUUAGGCGAGCCGUAGCCGGGAUUAGCCAACUGAGCUAACAAACGAAUUCGGAAGUGUAUUAGUAUGAAGACUCGCCUGACACUACAAAUUACCUUUAGCUAUGAGAAGGGGAGGUUGUAAGAGCGAUGACCUUUUUCAAUAGGAACUUGGAUUGACUUAUCCUCAAGGAGCAACAUGGACAAGAAGAAUUUGUUGUUGGGAUUGAGUGCAACACAGUUAUUCUCAGUGAAGAGUAAUUGCUUUAAGUGAUUUUCGAUUUUUAUAAACAUAACGAAUGAUGCAAGGGACACUUCCUCUAGAGGUGUUUUAAGCUUAACCUUCGUUUUCAUCGGCAAAGAAUGUCCAACCUGGAAAGUUCCAGUUCAUAUUUUGGUCUGGAUGAUCCGCAGUGGCUCUGUAUGGUCACACUUUUCAUUGCGUCCUUAGUUACCCUGGUACUGUAUUUUGUACAGUAUUUCCAACAAAGGGCAACAGGGUUGGAGAACACCCUAGCAGAGGACAAUGCGGCUAAGGAGGAAGCCGCCUCUCUGCUAGGAUGGGCGCUGUCACUGAAUAGUUGGAAACGUCAAUGGAGAGGCGCAUGGUGCGAGGCUUUGAAUGCCAAAUCAGGGGAGAUUCGAGGGAGUCCACUUAUUCUGACCUUCAAUGAAGAUGAUGUCGAAGCAUCCGAGCUCAUGAUCAGCCAAGUGUCCCGCUUUCAGAAAUCCGCCAAAAACAAGGCUGCUUGCUGUUACGUGGUCGGUGAAAAGCUUCAGUUCUCUAUUGGUGUGUCCACAUCGUUGUCAGCAGAUCCUUGUAAAUAUACUGUGUGUAUAUCCCCACUAGAGCUGCAGCUUGAGCUCCAAUUGCAAGAAGCUGAAGAUCAGGUUGGAGUGAGCUGGGGGAUUUCUCACUUGGAGACAGAAAUGAUCCAGGUGACACCGAUUUUGAGCCAGGACAACGUCAGCGCUUCCUGUGUGGCAGCAGUAAAGGAGCAAUUGAGGCAAGUGCUCUGUGCGACGCGAGCCUCUGUGUUAUUGAGCUGCAAGCCUUGUCGGGCCCUUGAGGUCAAGGAACCUUGCAACAAAGUGUUUUCACCACCCAAACCUCCUCGUGCGCACGACUGGAAGCUGCUUGUGAAAAACAUUCGUGUGACACUCCGUCAGCAGGAAGAUGCUGCAGACAGCAUAAAUCCUCUGUGUGUACUGCAGUUAGAUGACCCUCCACAAAAGUUUCAUACCCCCGUUUUGAAGAACACAGCCAGUCCUGCCUGGGAUCAGCCUUUUGUCUUUGAACUGAAUGGCCGAUCAAAAGAACUUAUUAUUCUGUUGCUGAAUGAUGGACAACCUCAAGAGGAAAGCCUUCUGGGCCAGGUGUCAGUGCCUUUUGACCUUGUUAGGAAGCAGCCCAAAGGAAAACAAACAUUUUCACUCAUGACCAAAGAUGUAGUGACGGGAUCACUUACUACUGAUUUUACCUACCUGGAUCCCAGUGAGGUGAGGUCCUGGCAGCCUCCAACCCCAGCUUCCACCAAAAGAGUGGAGAUGGACCGUACUGUCAUGCCCUGUGGCACGGUGGUCACCACCAUCACCGCAGUCAAGAGCAAACCGGGCCGGGUGCUCCCUCCAGGACUCAGCAUUGAUUCUUCCCAAAAAGCGAUGAUUCAGAAGCCCAAGCUUCCUGAGCGGCGUGUUUCCGAGCAGAUGUCAAUGUCGGGAGCAACAGUUAGCAAAGCCCUGUCUUCUUCAGACACAGAGUUGCUGAUGCUAAACGGCACUGACCCUGUGGCUGAGGCCGCCAUCAAACAACUCCAUGAAUCUGCCAAGCAGAAGCUCAGGUCCCCUGUGAAGAAGAGUACAAUCAUAAUCUCUGGGAUUGCCAAAACCCCGUUGUCCCAGGAUGAUGAGCUGGCUCUGAUGGCAGGCUACGCUGCAGCGAUGGAUGCUUCAAUGUCAGACGAAAGCUCCUCUCAGGAUAUGACCACGGCGCUUGUGUCGGGGACCAGUAGCCCACCGGAGGGUUCAGAACACGAGGAUGGUCCCAGUGGAGUGGGCCGUCCUCCCGAGAAUUGGGAGACCAACACCGGAGAGGAUCUAAAUCAUACCUCACUCUCCAUGUGUGUGCCGGAGGUCAGCUGCAAAAAGAGAAGAGGCAGCUUCCUUCAGAAGAGCGCCAAGCUCUUCUUCCGGCGGCGGCAUCAGCGCAAGGACCCCGGAAUGAGCCAGUCGCACAAUGACCUGGUCUACUUGGAGUCUCCUGCCACUGUUGAGCGGGCCAGCAAAACCGCCACGCUCAGCCGCAUGCUCAGCCGCAAAAGCAAAAGUAAAGCCAAUGGCGCCGCCUCAAUUGGGCAACCACCUGCGUGACACCUCCCCCUUCGACAACUACCACCUCAUACUUGCACAGUGUACGUCGUUGGGAUUUUCGUCUUCCAAUGGUUGGCCAAGCAUAGUGCGGCACCUGCAUUAUUUGUCACAAAAACUGCAGAGGAUGCUCUUUUUCUGCUGCAUGCUGUUUCAGUGCAAGUGUGUGCAAGUGGGCAUACUUUCAUUUUAUUUCAGAGGAUAUUGUGCAUGUUUCCUCGAUUUGGUUUUAGGCAGGCUUCUCCAGAGUGCUUGUGUGGCCUUAUUAUCGACAGAUGGGACUGAUGGUGGGCCUUUGUCUCUACCUCCCUGAUGUUGAGUUUGAGAUUUCAACCAUCCCUGCUGUGAACCGAAGCUUCAACAGAAUGACGAAGAUGAGAGUGGGAUCGGAUGAUUUGCACAGAUUUCAGUGUACUGCUAUUUUCUAUUUUCAGUGCAAUGACUGCGCGAAAUUAUUCACAAAGGGAGAUGAUGUAUUGCAUCGGAUUUUCGGUGUAAGUUGUAUGACUACAUCUGAGCACAAAUACUAUACUACCAAAUAUGGUAGUUAAACACAUUUGUAUGCAUCAAGGUAUUUCUUUUUGUUGUACUCAGAGGUCAGUGUGUGUGUGAUUUGCAAAUACAGAAACACCUGUAACAUAUCAAAAGAAGUAUCAGUCAUGCAUUAUCACCAUGUUAAAUGCAGAGUGGAAUUUAAAAAAAGAAUUACAAUGAAAUAUGAAAAUCAAUGUCCGAGAAAUCAUCGAUACAAACUCACACCACUGUUGAUAGGAUAACGUGUGUCUUUUUGUGUGUAUUGAAAAAUGCAAAUGUGUGGUAUCUUCCCAACAAUUUUUAUGAUGUACGCUAAAAUUACCCUCUCUGACCUUCACCCUGCAUCUGUGACAUUACUCACAUUCAAACUACGCUAAUUGUGUUUCACACAAUCAAACAAAAAGUUUUCUAUUCAACCCUCUGGUUCUUUGGUUUGAUAGCCACUGUCCCGCGCAUAAUUCAUUGUUUUUAGCAUCCUGUAUCUUUGAACACAAUUGAACAUCUUCAUAAAGAAAUCCGGCUGAUGAUUGUAUCUUUUUUUUUUUUGUAUCAUUCAUGUAAAAGGCGUGUCUGCAGGCUGUGGUGACUACUGUACCUUCAUUCUUUCAUUAAUAAGAUGCAAAAGAAUGUACAGUGCUAAGAUUGCCUUACAGUAGUUCUAUACAUUUUGCCACAAAUGCGCUCUAGAAAAGAACGUGACUCAGCUUUUGGCUCGAUCAUUGGGAGCACUAAAGGAAGAACUGAGACGGACAUUCAGCUGUGUCCCUACAUCAUCCCCAAUUGCAUCAAAAAGCCUAUGCACCUAAGAAAACUAGGACUGCCGUGUUGAUGCAGUUGGAUAUUUGUUGAAACACAUUUGCUUUUCAUGAUGUUUCCCCUGCAGGAACAGCACAGGGGUGCUUCUUUGUCCUAAAUUAUGUACGGUGGGCCCUUAUCCCAUUAUAGGCGAUGCUCUAUCAGCAGUGACUCCUGCUUCUUCGGGAGAAAAAAAAAGGUGUUAACUUUUGCCAAGUGUCAGUAACCUGUUUGCACUACGUUACUCAACAAAGGGGCUGUUUAUUUUUAUUUUUUUUGUUGUGGUUUGGAACUUUUGUGUGGCAUGUGCACAGGAAUAGAUCAGCUGUACUCCUGCUACAGAAUAAACCUAACCAUGUCAAAUCAUUACAUUUUCAGCAAUAAAUACUAAUUGGGUGGUU